AUGGUGAACUUCACGGUAGAUGAGAUUCGUGUGAUGAUGGACAAAAAGCGGAAUAUCUGCAAUAUGUCCGUCAUCGCACACGUGGAUCACGGAAAAUCAACACUGACAGACUCCCUGGUGUCAAAAGCUGGUAUUAUUGCAAGUGCUAAAGCUGUUGCUAUGUCGUCGCGCCACUGCUCACCUAAUGAUGCCACCUGUGCUAAGAUACAGAUUUCCGGCCAGGAUGAUAUACCGUCUUCAGCUCGUGCUCUUGCGGACCGGAUUAACAGUAGUCAGUGCGCCAAAGAUGCAAGUGAUGGUCGAUCUUUAUUCUCUCUUCUAGACGCUCACAGCACGCGUGCUGACGGCUACUUUGCCUACAGGUGGUACCGGGGCCGCGGCGGGCAAAGCGUUGCUGUGGCGACGGACGAGCGCGUGAUCCAGGUGGGCGGCAGCCUGUACCUGCGCAGCGCCCAGCUGGAGGACUCUGGCCGCUACACCUGCGUCGUCAACAACAGCGUGGGCAGCGAGCGCGCCUCCACCUCGCUGCUCGUCACCAAGCAGCUGUCGGCCUACAUGAGCCCGCAGGUACAGGUCGUGGACGUGGGGAAGACGGCGGUGUUCAACUGCACGACCGAUGGCCAUCCCAAGCAGUCGGUUGUCUGGCUCAAGGAUGCACAGCUGCUCACCCCCUCCAGCAGGGUGCGCCUACUCGCCUCAGAGACGCUGAAGAUUGUACACGUGGAAAGAUCAGAUAGGGGAAUGUACCAGUGCGUCGUGUCCAAUGCGGAAGAAACGGCCCAAGGGACGGCUCAAUUGAAGCUGGGUGACGCGGCGCCGGUGCUGCUCCGCACGUUCCCGAACGCGACGCUGGCGCCCGGCUCUGCGUGGUCGGCGCAGUGCGAGGCGUCGGGCUCCCCGGCGCCCGCCGUCUCCUGGGCGCUGGACGGCGCGCCGCUCGAGUCGUCGCCGGGCGGGGAGCGCGUCGCCGUCAGCAACCGCGUCACCGCCGACGGCGUCCUCAGCUACCUCAACGUGUCCGCCCUGGCGCCAGAGCACGGCGGCCGCUACGCCUGCUCCGCCACCAACGCCGUCGGCUCCGUCACGCACCAGGCGUACCUGUACGUGCUUGGCCCACCGUACAUCAAACCGAUGCAGGACAGGAGAGUAGUUGCCGGAACGACUGUCACCUUCAACUGCUACGUCACGGGGUACCCAAUCAGCAGCAUUUACUGGGAGAAAGAUGGAAGACCCCUCACCGAUACCCAUCGUCAAACCCUGUUUCCAAAUGGAACUCUUCUAAUAAACGACGUUCGUAAAAUGGAUGAUGAGGGAGGAUACGUCUGCGUAGCAAGAAAUCCAGAUGGGGACACCGCCAGGAGGAAACUGAAUGUUCAAGUUAUGGAAGCUCCAGAGAUAGACCCGAUAAUGGUGAAACCAAAUCUUCAAAGAGGAAUGCGAAUCCAUCUGACGUGUAUAAUCAGUAAAGGAGAUUUUCCUGUGGCAAUUCACUGGCUAAAAGACGGAAAAGCGAUUCCUCACGGACAAAGCAUCACCGAAAAGACUAUAGAUGAUUACUCAAGCACUCUGAGCUUCAACGGACUCGUAGUGAAGCAUUCUGGAAACUAUACCUGCCAAGCAUCGAACGCGGCAGCCGUCACUAAUUACACAGUAUCAGUAGUAGUGAAUGUCCCUCCAACAUGGCGGCAUGAGCCUAACGACACAGAGGUCGUGCUAGGGAGCAGCCUCAUGGUGGACUGUGCAGCGGACGGGUCGCCCUUACCAAGUAUUCUCUGGAGGAAGGAGUCUCCAGUAGCAAGGUCUCCAUUCCAAAACAUCCAAAGAGCUGAAAAUUUCAAAGUUCUUGAGAAUGGGAGCCUAUGGAUACAGCAUGUACUUCUAGAGGACAAAGGUUACUAUGUCUGUGAAGCUAGUAGUGGCAUCGGGCUUGGUUUGAGCAAGGGAAUCUACAUCACCGUACAUGUACCAGCAAGAUUUUCCUCAGAAUUUCGUAAUGUAACUGCGAAGAAAGAGAGCACUGCAAUACUGGACUGUGUAGCCGAGGGAGAUAAACCAUUAAAAGUGCAGUGGAUUCAAGCAAACCGCUUAGUCCAACCGAAUCACGUUAAACUAGAUAUCAAGGAGGAGCAUUUAGAUUUUGGACUGCGUUCAAAAAUGACAAUAAAGCAUGUUCAACGGGACGACACUGCGACGUUUGGUUGCUUAGCCAGUAACCAGUACGGUAGUGAUCGUAUGGAAUUCCAGCUGAUCGUGCAAGAAAAUCCAGAGCCUCCAGUCAAUGUGCAUUUGAUUAAUUUUUCAAGCAGGUCACUGAAUAUAAGCUGGGAAAUGCCCUACAAUGGAAACAGCCCGAUACACACUUUCAUAAUCCAGAUCAAAAACACUUCAGGUUCGUGGUUAAAGGACGUCCGACGAGUGAGUGUGAGCGGCGAUCAGACCAAGGCCCACAUCACCGGCCUCCACCCUGCCCACAGCUACCAGCUGCGAGUAGUUGCAGAGAAUUCUGUCGGUACGUCUAAUGCGAGCGACGUCGUUUCUGUAACCACGUCAGAAGAAGUUCCAGGAGGACCGCCCCGCGAUGUGAAAAUCAAAGUCAGGAAUUCAGAGGCUCUGCUUGUCAGUUGGAAGGCAUAUAACAGAGCAGGAGCUGGACCCCGUAGUCAGCAGCUUGUUGCUUCAACUGAUGAAGAUGGGAAAGUUUGUUACACAUAA